AUGGGCUCUCGUGGGCUGCUCCAUCAACGCAAAUAUCCUGACUUUGAUGGCGGGGAGUGGGUGGUGGCACCGGACAUUUGCAAAGAGAUGUGGCCUGGCCUGCUUCUCAUGGGGAAAUGCAUCAGCGCUGUGGGGGACAGCCGCCUUCUCCUGGAGGGCUUACAGAGAUAUGGUCCCACGCCAAUCUACCUGCCUGUCACCUAUCAGAUCCUUCAUGCAGAGUCAGCAUUCUUCCUGCAGGAGGCAACCCAGGACCUAAUGAGGAACUCCAGCCUGCAGGCUCGAACAGAGUCUUUCUUCAUCCACAAAGCACGUCAUAUGCCCUAUGUGAAUGCCAGUUAUGGGCCACUGUCUGUCCAGCACCCAAUCCCUCUGGAGAUGCUGAAACCGCUGCCCGGACCUUUCAACAGUCCUUUUACAUCUUCAUCAACAGAGCCGGUACCUGAGUCGGAGGCCCUCUUCACUUUUAACUGGAAAGUGCACACAUACAUCAUCAAUGAAAGGAUCCACCCCAGCAUGCCCAAAGUGCAGGUUCUAUUCUAUGUGGCUGGUCGGAAUUGGGACGAUUAUAGCACUGCCACCAAACUGCCUUGUGUGCGCAUGUUUGCCUUCCAUGAGACGCAGGAGGUGCGGGGCACUUGUCUGCUCAAAGGGGAGCUGGGCAUGUGCGUGGCUGAGCUGGAGCCCUUGGCCAGCUGGUUCAGCCCCCCCACAGUGAGACCUGGCCGUCAGAGAGUGUCGGAGCAGGCUCAGGGCACGCCUGUGGAACUUUACUAUAUGGUCCAAAUGACUGAGAGCAGAGACUGUAGCUCUGAGGACAGCCGACGUGCCAGUGCCUCUCACACAGAGCAGCCACGACCUAUGGGCUACUAUGCCGGGCACACACCCAUGCAGCGCAUCGGCAGUGUGCGGCUGUUUCAACCUCUGUCUGAGCUCAAGUUGGACACCAAUUUUGUGGUUAUGUCGCCCUCCAAACCAAUCCGGCAGAGAGAGACAGUCUCUACUUUUCUGGCCAUGUCCACACUGUCCUCAGUGCAGAUAUUCACCUUAAGGUAA